UUCCAGGAAAGCGGAGUGUGAUGGACCGGAAGAGUCAGUGUCAAGUGAAGCUGUUCAAGAGACUACACAAAAAUUAACUUCCCGGGUUUUCAGCCUUUCUUCCAACAUGAAAACUUUCAUCUCAUCUGACGGAGGACGCUGGAUUCGGAUCCUGCAGCGCACACACCUGGCAUUCUGUCCUCACGUUGGCUGGAACUUGAACCAAAUAUUUCGGUUCAAUCGUGACUGGACUGGGUGGGAGUACGAGUACGUGGUGAACACCUGGGAGUGGGGUAACAUGGUGGUGAAGGCGGAGUGGGGCGUCUCUCUCCUGCAGUGGUACCAGAAAACUUUCAGCUUCUCUUUCGACCAGGCGGCGGCGCUCCCCUCCACGCAGCUGGUCCUGGAUUUCCGUGACUGGUGGAGCUACAAGGUGUGGCUGAAGUGGCCGGUCCUCGCGUCCUCCCUCGCCGCUUCCCUCACGCUUGGUCGCGACAGUCACACACUGCUGGGUGAGUCAGACCGUGUGGGGGUGACGUGGGAAGUGAAGAAAGUGGACGAGUUUCUGGGUGAGGACGCCGGAAAGGUGGUGGCGCGGGUGGUAGCGCGACACACCCCUGCUGGCUUGGUGGUGACCUUCCACGCCGACACCGCCAGCAUGCAGGAGCUCCACGAUACCGUCACUGCCGUCCUUGCUCAGGCCAUGGAGAGCCCUGACCUGUGUGGCGAGGUGCCUGACCACGCCACGCUUCUGAAGUUCCUGCACGACUUCCUUGGACAGUCACCGGCGAGUCUCUGGGCGGAUCUGCUGCAGGAAGUAAGUCCGUCGCCUGCUGCUGGGGUCUGGCACCGAGGCAGACUUACAUCACCUGCUGGAAGUUUUCAGGGAGGAAAUGGGGACAGCAGAAGGCGUAGGAUUGUGGGAGGCAGUAUGGACGGUGCUGGAGCGGGCGGGGCUGCUGCGUUCCCGCGGCGAGGAGGUGGAGGUGGUGGUGCCCUCCGAGUGGAUUAGGCUGGCGCAGGGGUGGUUCACUUGGGCUGUCAUGGGAGGCGGCGGGCAGUGCGAAGGCAACACACUGAUGGUUAACCUGGUGGAUGCGCUGGCGGAGACCCUGAGGCGAAGUGGCAGCGGGCAAGCAACCUUUUGACCCACCAGUCAGACAAACUUUUAUGUUCGUUCUGAAGGCAAAUCAAAAGCAGGAAUUUGUUACCAAAACCAUAAAUAAAUGACGUCAUCGUACAUCUGGCAUCCAUUCGUGUAGCUGCUAUACAACACUAUAUUGUUUAUUUAUUUUUUUUUUUACUUUGUGUUGAUUAAUUGCUUGCUUAUUCUUAGAAAAUAUGUAGGCGAUAAUAUCAACAUAAAUUAUAUACAUGUAUUCAUUUCAUUGGGACUAUUCACUCCUGUUGCUACGUUCUCAUGUUCGUUUGUAUUGAAAAAUGUUCCCUUAAUUAUCAAUACACCCAACCAUCAAUAAUUAUUAUAGUAAUAUCAAAAUAAAAUGUUCAUUGUUAAAUACUGGAUCAAAAUAAAGCCAAUCAGGGA